AGACAAAAGAAAAAAAACAUUUCCCCUCAGUAACAACCUUGACACUAAGUGUACUACCGGCAGGUUACAUGAAUAACAUUAAUUAUCUAGUUACAAUUGUGCAAUGUCGCUAAUGUAAAAUUGUUUGGAAAAGUUUAAAGAACAUGACACACAGUUCAAGAUGUUGACUUGGCAUGCAAAUUUCUCAAGCUGUGGGAUGUACUGGGCAAACAGAUUAACAGGUACUGUUGUUAAUGUCUUGGUGCCAGAACCACACACCUUUAGAUGUCUUGUGAAGUAAAUGUCUGAAUAAGUUAUAUCUGUUUUAGCAUCAUACGAGGGACCUACAAAUUAAGUGUCUUAAUGUUUUAACUGAUCUGUGCAGCCUAUCCAUACAUAUAACAAAAUCAAGAUGUGACACUACAAAACAGUCUGGCAACAGUGCAAUAGAGCCUAAUCUUCUAAAUAUAAUUUUUACAGGCCCAAAUAAAUCAUUCCAAAUGUGAGGAUGGCUGUAGAUUUCAAAAGGCCCAUAGCAGCUCUAACUUCCUUUUGAUCAAAGAACCACACAUCACUUCACUGAUGUUAGUAUGACAUUCUACAGAAAAAGCAAAUUAGCAGCUGGCAGACCCAAGUUCUGCUCUCUGCAAUGCUAGAAGCAAUGUUUUAGACCAAAUACAUGGCAAACUGCUAAUUUAUCAGUUAACAAAUAGCAACUAAAUAUCUGACAGGACAAAAAUGAGACUGCACUUUUAGUUUAAAUGAUUAUGUGAUCAUAUAGCAGCACAUCAGCAGUCAAUAAAGUUAUUGCAUAUGUCACUGACUAUCUGAAAAUAAAUAAACAAACAAAAACAUUACAUAAAAUAAAUGGACCAAACAUCUGCAAAUAAUUGGAAAUAAGACUUAAGCUUAGAGAAUUGUACAGAGCAAUAAUUAAAGAUUAAGUCUUAAACCGUUUUAGAGCCAUGCUUCUUGCCAAUUACCCUAACAACACUUGUGCAUGAAGGCUCAUUAACUUGCCAGUCAGUAGAUACAGCAGUAAAAGGAUAUUAAAUCUGGAGCUUCUUGUUUACAGAACAGCCUAGCUCUAGUCACUUGCCACAGCCUGUGUCCACCAGAGCUGUGCUCGUUAAAUGUUGAAAAUGUGUUGCUGUUAAUAGUUUUGCCACAUAAAGUGGCUUUGUUUGCUAUGUUCAAAAAAGACAGGUUGAGAAAAGGAAGGCUAAGCUGACGCUCCCCACAGAGAUUAGUGUGCUGAGAACGUUAAUGACUACAUUGGAUCAUCCAAUCAUGAGGCACAGCAUGAUGUCCACACCUGCAUAACAGCCACCAUCACUCUCUGGAGCUUUGACGCAACGUGGGAUAACUUGAUCAUAAAAUACGAUUCUUUGUAGAUGUACAACACAAUGGCUGGGAUUCACAGGAGUGCAACUGGGCUGCAGGUGUUAGAGGUUAGUAGUCUUAAAUGCCUGUCUUCAGACAUCUUUGUGAAUUUAACAGGAGGGAGUUUCUACUAGCUUAGCAAAAUGCAGUGGAUAGAGGUGGCAUAUGCAGUUCUGAUGAUUAGUUCCAGCUUGUGCUCUGUGUGUGGGAACACCGUACUGCUCCUCCUGCUGCUGUCUGACAGGAGCCUACAGACAGAGACAUGGACCCUGACGCUCAGUUUCAGCCUGAGUGAUCUGGCACUCGGCCUCUCCACCAUUCCUUUCGGAGCCUAUAACAGCCUGUUCCGGCCACAGGGAUAUGCCAGCUCAGGUGCCUUGUGCCAAAGCAGUGCCUUUCUUUUCCUGCUGCUCCAAUUGGCCUCAGUCCAUUCACUUACCUGGGCCACCAUUGACAAGUUUACAGAAAUCUGCUUCGCUCUUAAAUAUGCACGAAUCUUCAAUGCCCGCAGAACCAGAGUGAUCCUUGCCGUCAUUUGGGUCUAUUCACUCUUGAAUGCAUCCCUGCCGUUGCUGGGCUUUGGAAGCUAUAGUUACAUCAGCAGCAGUUUUCUCUGUGCUCCCACUUUUAUACCUGCCAACACUUGCUUCAAUAUGCUCUUCAUCGUGGUGGGUAUCAUCGUGCCCAUUCUGGCAAUGUGCUCCAUGUAUGGAUACAUAGUCUACAUAGCCAGGAAUCAAGUACGACGAGGGACAUUUGUUUGCAAUGAACUGCACUGUUUUUAUGUGCCUGCCAACAAUUAUUUCAAGAGCUCCAUUGUCAUGGUGACCACCACAGUGUGUCUGCUCAUUUGCUGGCUGCCAUACAUCACCAUCUGCUUCUAUGAGACUCUGACAGGGAAAGAAAGUCCUCAAGUCGCCUCCGCUAUAGCCACCUGGCUAGUGCUUUUCACCUCCACACUGAACCCAUGGAUCAACUCGAUGUCGCAGACGAGAUACAGAGUCGCCCUGCAGAGGAGUGUAAAUAAAAUCUGUCAGAGAACACACAAGAACUCAUCCUCCAAAAGCAUGGACACUGGCAGAGAGAGUCGCAAUUGUCCCCCCUCAGUGUCCGAUGCACCUCAAGCACUACAAGUACACACUGACCCUGUGAAUGAGCCUGAAGAGUGCUGAGCGUGCUUUCCUACAUCUGGCUGCUGUGUGAAUCGGAGACCAUAAAGAAAGUGCUAAAGAAAAUUAAUACCUUUUUUAUGGGAACCACAGUAACUAACUGGGCAUUGGAGACGUCCGAAACAUAUAUCGGCCCCUUUUGGUGUUUUUUUCUGUUUCAAUGAAUUACAACCUCAAAAACUUUUUUUUUUUUUUAUGUAAUGGAUCUAACAAAAUAGUCCAAAUUGCUAAAGUGGAAUGAAAAGAUACCUUGAUUAAAAAAAAUAGAAAAAGGAAGAAAAAAAAAUGAAAAUGCAGGUGCAUAUGUACCCCUAAAUACAAUCUGGUCUAACCAAUUAACUUCAGAAGCAACAAGAAGUCACAAUGUCAGUAUAAAUACGACUGUUUUGAAAGACCUCUGAGUCUGCAACACUACUACGCAAGCAACAUGAACUGAUCAAGGUCUUAUUGGAUUAAAGAUUUAUAAGAAAAUAAAUCUAAACUAACUUUGAAUAUCCAAAAGAGCCCCAAUAAAUCCAUUAAAACAAAAUGGUAUAAUUAUAGUACCAAGAGAUGGCUGCCCACCUUAACUCUCAGACCAGGCAAGGAGGACAUUAAUCAGACAUUCAGGAAUAAUUUAAAAGAUAAACCAGAGCCACAAAGACUCACAGUGGAGUCAUUAGCAGCACAUUAAAAAUUCAACAUAUUUUCCUUCAAAGUGGUGGACGUGUUGUGUAAAUCAAAUAGUACAAUUUUUUUUUUUUUUUUUUAUCAGGUAUAAAGCUGGGUUGUAUUGUGGGGGAAAAAUAUUUAAAAAGGUUAAUACUUUUACAUGGCACUGCAGAGAGACAUGUUGCAAAGAAAAUGUUUCUAAGAAAAAAUAUUUUCCUUUUUUUCCAAGAAUAUUAAAAAAUUUGAUUUCCCUGGGAUUUUUAUAUAUGAACUUUAUAUAUACUUAUGAAUGUAAAAAAUGUUGCUCUAAUUAAAAUGCUUGAACAGCUAAAUUAAGUCUGUUUGUUUUCAUAAGUAAAUCUUUGAUUCUUAUUGAGUAUUACCAUAGAAUUAUUCUGUUGCAACAUUAUAAAAGAGAAGACUAUAACAAAAAAAAAAGGUGUCUGGUAUGACUAAUAAAUGAAUUACUAGACAUGCUAUAUAGCAAAAAGAAAUGCAGAGAGGCUUGAGCAGAUAUUUGUUUCUUGAUAGGUUCUGCCCUCUAGUGAAUCCGCUUAACAUAACACAUGCAAUAUCUGAAAUGACUUUGCUGCCUUACUCAUUUGUCAUAUUUGCUUAAAAGUACAAUUUUAAAUUAGACUGUACAUUGCAGGUGUCCCUGUCCUUCUUACCAGGCCAACUUAGAGAAAACAACAAUCAACAUAAUCAUAUAAGUACAUGGUCUGUUGAUAAAAAUGAGACCAA